AUGUGCACGAUCGGAACAAUUUCACAAGAUCAUUCCAAGUUGGACUCGGAUACAGUUGCUGAGGCUAUAAGGCCAUUGGUCGAGACGGACCCGUCCAUCAAGGUGAAAUCUAUAAUUGCGGAAGUCCAGUCAAGGUUCAACUAUACCAUCAGUUACCGAAAGGCUUGGUUGGCAAAGCAGAAGUCCGUUGCCAAAGUUUUCAGUGGUUGGGAGGAAUCUUACCAAGCAUUGCCAUGGUGGCUCUCGGUCAUGGUGCAGAAGAUUCCUGGUUCAGUUGUCCAAAUAGAAACACGACCACUGUACAACGAGAAUGAGGAAGCACAAGGUACACUUCUAGUCGCUGUUGCACAAGAUGGGAACCAGAACAUUGUGCCUAUCGCCUUUGCCUUGGUGGAAGACCGGCAUAAGUCAAUACGAGCAGCAGUUAAUCGUUCCGGUGGUGACUGGCAACCUCCAAGAGCAUGGUGGAUGUUUUGUAUAAGACACAUCGGCAGUAACUUCUUAAGGGCAUUCAAAGUCCCUCACUUGCAGAAGCUUGUUGUCAACAUAGGGUAUUCAAGAACGGUGGAGGAGUACAAUAUCAACUAUAAGAGGUUGGAAGAGCGAGGUGAGGCAUAUGCCAGGUGGUGCGAUGCCAUAGAACUCAGACAUUGGGUAUUGGCAUUCGACGAGGGACAUCGAUGGGGCCAUAUGACAACGAACCUUGUCGAGUGCAUUAACUCAGUGUUGAAAGGUGCCCGUAAUCCACCUGUGUCGACGCUGGUCCAAGCAAUAUAUUAUAGGUUAAAUGAACUCUUUACGCGGAAGAGUGCCGAGACUCCCGAACGCAAGCGUGCUGGAUUUACGUACUCCGCAUUUGCGCAACAGCGGAUCGAAGCAAGUAUGCAACAGGCUGGGAAUAUAGUUGUGCACCGCUUUGAUAGACGAAAUGAGGUGUUUGAGGUGCGCAAAAUGACUACUGAAAAUGUGUUAGUUGUUGAUCUUGCGCGACGGACGUGUGACUGUGGGCACUUUCAGGUUGAACGAAUACCAUGUCACCAUGUUAUUGCUUGCUGUGCUAACCAGCAUCUCGAUUGGCAGUUGUAUGUGCAUAAUGUAUACAAGAUGACGGAAGUUCGUAAGGUAUAUAGAUUUGAGUUCACACCAUUAGGAGAUCCCCAGACAUGGCCUGCUUAUGAGGGACCCACAUUGGUCGCUAAUCCCGCCCUGAGGCGAACGUCUAAAAGCAGGCCCAAACUGACCCGAUACUUGAAUGAAAUGGACUCACGUGACAUGCGUGGUCCUCGGAUAUGCCGUUUCUGUGGUUCUCAGGGUCAUAGUCGGAGUAGGUGUCCGCAGCGUGCUGGACCGAGUGGUGCUGGUUCAUAG